UCGCGCUCGCUGUCAUCCUCACCACCAGCGCCGCCCUGUAGAGAGAGAGAGAGAGAGCUCGAGGCCCCCACCUCCCCACCUAACAACAACCCCAACCCCGCAGGCUCGAGCACAACGACCCCACCCCCCAAUCCCCACUGAGAGAGGAGACGGAGCGAGAGAGGCGCAUACAGAGUCACGGAGAAACCCGUUUCUGGAUCCCGGCUCUGUUUUGCCCUCAAUCCGGGCCUAAUGCUGUAGCGGACAGCGCAGGAGGAGAGCUCGAGCGAGAGACAACGCAUUGAUUGAGAGUCGGCGAGGGACAGGGCGGACCGGAGAGACGACGGGAUUGCUCAUUCGCCUGGAAACAUGGGAUGUACACUGAGCGCCGAGGAGCGCGCAGCUCUGGACCGGAGCAAGGCCAUCGAGAAAAACCUGAAAGAGGACGGGAUGGUCGCCGCCAAGGACGUCAAACUGCUUCUGCUCGGCGGCGGGGAGUCCGGCAAAAGCACCAUCGUCAAACAGAUGAAGAUUAUCCAUGAAGAUGGCUUUUCUGGGGAUGACGUGAAGCAGUAUAAGCCUGUGGUCUACAGCAACACCAUCCAGAGUUUGGCAGCCAUCCUCCGAGCCAUGGACUCACUGGGCAUCGAGUUCGGAGACAAGGAUAGAAAAGCGGAUGCUAAGUUGGUUUGCGACGUGGUCAGUCGUAUGGAAGACACAGAGCCGUACUCUGCAGAGCUUCUCACUGCUAUGAAGCGUGUAUGGGCCGACGCCGGGACUCAGGAGUGCUUCAACCGUGCCCGGGAAUACCAACUCAACGACUCUGCUCAAUACUAUCUGGACAGUCUAGACCGGAUCGGGGCAGCAGAAUACCAGCCCACAGAGCAGGACAUCCUGAGAACCAGAGUGAAGACCACUGGCAUUGUUGAAACCCACUUCACCUUCAAAAACCUCCAUUUCAGGCUGUUUGACGUGGGAGGUCAGAGGUCAGAGAGGAAGAAGUGGAUCCACUGCUUUGAGGAUGUGACGGCCAUUAUCUUCUGCGUUGCUCUGAGCGGAUACGAUCAAGUGCUCCAUGAAGAUGAAACGACUAACCGCAUGCAUGAGUCGCUCAUGCUCUUUGACUCCAUCUGUAACAACAAGUUCUUCAUCGACACCUCCAUCAUCCUCUUCCUCAACAAGAAGGAUCUGUUUGCUGAGAAGAUCAAGAAGUCACCGCUGACGAUCUGCUUUCCAGAAUACACAGGUGCUAAUACUUACGACGAUGCUACUGCAUAUAUUCAGGUUCAGUUUGAGAGUAAGAACCGCUCUCCCAAUAAGGAGAUCUACUGUCACCUGACCUGUGCCACAGACACAGGAAACAUCCAGGUAGUGUUUGAUGCCGUCACUGACAUCAUUAUUGCAAACAACCUUAGAGGGUGUGGCUUAUACUGAGGCCUGGCCAAGCACAGAGGUUGUCAUGAGGAGUAUGAGGUGUUAAUAAUGAUAAUUUUGAUGAUACUUAAACACAUAAAUAUGUAACUCUACACGUCCAAAUGGACCCAAAGAGCUGCCGUCAGACACCACACUGGAUUAUUGCCAUGAUUUGUUCCCUUCCUCUUAUUUUGAUUUCAAUAUACAACCCAUUUUGUCUUAUAAAAAUGUGUUUUUAAGCUGAAUGUUUCAUGUUUUGUUGAUGACUGUGUCAACAACUGGUAAGGUCAGAAGCGGGCAGCACCAGGGGUAUAUUCAGCUGGAGCCUUGUUUUGCAAAACUCAGCCCAGAAAAUGCAACGCGAGGAGUGUGCAAUGUAAUUUUUAACCCAAGCGUGGAACACCGUCUCAUCCUCUAUGUGACAUUUUUAUGUGCAAGUCUCGAGGCAUUUAUAUCUGUACUGAAUAUAGCCUGUUGUGCUCCGUUUGAAGAGCUGCUGUGUGUAUGAAGGUGGAGAUGAUGGUGUUGUUGGGGAGGUGCUGUACUCGUGGCUGAGGGUCAUGGUUGGGAAGGAGGCUAUUUUAACUUUCAGACGGGACAAAGCUCCCCUCUCCUUCAGACCCACACAUGACUGAGUAGCCUGCAGGUCUGUUCCACUCUCUGUUUUCUCUUUUACUUUAAAACAUAAUGAGAGGAUUCUUCUGUUCAGAGUGGCUGUCCAUUGCCAUUGGCCUCCUGUAGCGUGAGGAAAUGCCUAUCAGCUAAUGAUAUCUAAAAAAAAAAA